CAAAUGCUCAGAAAAAAACCACAGCUAUUCACAACUAUGCUUGUCGGUCCGGCAGGAUGCGGCAAAACGUCAUUCAUAAACUCCCUGUUCGAUCAACAGUUGGUAGAAAUCUCUGACUCGCACAAGCAAGAGGCAUUCAAUGUAUACGUGUCAGACGUUGACAUGGAGGGCUUGAGGCGCAAAAUAUCAAUCGUGGAUACGCCUGGCUUAGGCGCAUCGAUGAACGACUCGUAUGUGCACGAUUCAAUCGUUAUUUACCUGCGCAAGCAGUUCUGCAAGUUUCUAACAGAGGAGACAAAAAUCAACAGAAAUCCCAACGCUGAAGAUACGCGUGUGCAUGCACUCAUCUACUUCAUACCAUCGAGAUGUGGCGGAUUGAGACUCGCCGAUAUCAAGCUCCUAAAGAAAGUGGACAAACUGGUGAAUUUGAUCCUUGUAAUAGCAAAAGCGGAUUCACUCACCCUUAACGAAUUGAAAACGUUCAAGGAGAAUGUCAAGGAUCAGGUGCGCAGGCACGACAUCAGAAUAUUCAACUUUGACAAAGAGAAUCUGAAUGACGCCGAUGUAGGAUUUGAGCUGCAGAACAAGCAGCCGUUCACGAUUAUAUCGUUUGACAGUCUAAAACCAGAGGUUAACAAUCGAAUCUAUCCUUGGGGAACACCGGGCACGAUGAAUGUUGACCACUGCGAUUUCAAAAUACUUAGGGAAAUCAUCCUCAGCUCUUACACGGAUGUAUUGAUCGAGGAAACGAGCGAGGAAUUGUACGAGAAUUACAGGACUGAGGUGCUCAGCACGCUGCUACCGAAUGAUGCGGUGGUAUACGAAUAAAGUUUUUCAUUGUCAGCA